AUGCAGACAUACCUUCUUUCCCAGCAAUUUAACGCUAGGUCUUUGGCAGAAAACUCCACGGCUUGUCCAGCAAAUGCUACAAUUUGCAAUGGCACAUCUUGUGUGUUACAAGAAGAUAAUUUUAAUGAAACUUUGAGCAUAGUUUUAAGUACUGUUCUAACAAUCAUGCUGGCUUUGGUGAUGUUCUCCAUGGGUUGCAAUGUGGAACCUAAGAAAUUCUGGGGCCACAUAAAAAGACCCUGGGGUAUUUUAGUGGGUUUCCUUUGCCAGUUUGGAAUAAUGCCUCUCACAGCCUUCUUGCUGUCUCUGGUCUUUAACGUGCUUCCUGUUCAAGCUGUUGUGGUGCUGAUCAUGGGAUGCUGUCCAGGGGGCACAGCCUCCAAUAUCAUCGCCUACUGGGUGGAUGGAGACAUGGACCUAAGCAUCAGCAUGACAACUUGCUCCACGCUGCUUGCAAUGGGAAUGAUGCCACUUUGCCUCUUUAUUUACACCAAGGUGUGGACUGACUCUAAUGCAAUUGUGCUCCCCUACGACAGUAUUGGAAUUUCACUGGUAGCUCUUGUAAUUCCUGUUUCAUUUGGAAUAUACGUUAACCACAGAUGGCCCAGUAAAGCAAAAAUCAUACUUAAGGUUGGUUCCAUUGUGGGAGCGAUCCUCAUUGUGCUCAUUGCUGUGGUUGGGGGAAUACUCUACCAAGGCUCCUGGAUUAUCUCACCCAAAUUAUGGAUCAUUGGCACCAUAUUUCCAGCAGCUGGCUAUUCUCUGGGAUUCUUUCUGGCCCGCAUAGCUGGUCUGUCUUGGCACAGGUGUCGUACAGUGUCCCUGGAAACAGGCAUGCAAAACACUCAGCUGUGUUCAACUAUAGUACAGCUCUCCUUCACUCCUGAACAACUUGAACUGAUGUUUACUUUCCCACUCAUCUACAGCAUCUUCCAGCUGUUGUUUGCACUACUGAUUUUAGGAGGCUACCGGGUUUACAGAAGACACCGGGUCAAAACAAAGACAGAUGUUGAGAAAACAGAACAAAAAGAAGAUACAAAAUCAACAUCAUCACAUGCUAAAAUAAAUGGAGGAUUUGUAUCAAAUGAGACCAAAUAG